CAUGCCCUUUCUCCACCAACCUUUCUCUCUCCUUUUUAAAGAAGAGAAUGGAGAACCUGUAACGCCAUUUUGAAAGCAGAGCCUUCCCCCCUCCGACCUCCCAAUAUUCUUCUCUUCUUCCUAGAAACCCAAAAGGCAAAAGAAAAUCCCAGACCCUUGAAAUCCCUUCCCUUCCCUUCCUUCCUUCCUUCCUUCCUUCCUUCUUCUUCUUCUUGUGAUCGCAGAACCAAAGCCAAAACAAUGGCGAACGAGUUUUCUAACUUCCCUCCAAAUUUAGAUGAUGGUGAACUUUGGCUCCCUUCUGAUAUUUUCCUCAACGAAGUCCCUGCCAAACUCAAACCCCACCUUCACCAAAAUCACCAUCUUCCUUUCUCUUCCAUGGACGACUUGGCUCCUCGUUAUGCGGCUCUUUCUCUUCCUACAUAUCAGCAGAAACUUCCCAAAGCUACUAACUUUGAGCGGCUUAAAGAACCGGUUCGUUACGGUUCGAUGAAUGGCACUGGUUUUGAAGUGGGGCAAAGCUUAUACGGUUUCAGAACCCGUGCAUUUCUUGGCGAUACUAAACGGGUUUAUGAGCUGUUGAAACCAACUCAAGCCCAGGUUGAGAGCUACGCUGAAGCAAGGGCUAGGGUUCUGCAAAGGCAACAGAAUCGGCUUGUUCAAAACCGGGUUUUGCAAUUUGAAGCAAAUGGUUUUAAUGCUAGUAAGUUUGGGUUAGGUGGUGGUUUGGUGAGAGAAUCUGGAGGCACUGGAGUUUUUCAUCCCCGCAUUGUUAACAAUAGCCAGAAUACCACUACUUCUGAUUCCAAAAGGAAACGAAGUCUGAGAAGUAGACAAGCACAGGAAAUUCAAGUCAGUAGACAGAUGAAUUCCAUGAAAGGGGUUGGUGUUGGGAAGCAGGAGGAUUGCUACUAUCAUCUUCCUCCAGAGAUGGGGUUGCCUAGGGACUGGACUUACUGACCUCUCUUCACUCAUGCGUGCUAGUGGUUUGCCAUGACAAUAUGAUAAUGGUAGAAUAAUAAAGCUCUAGGAGAUUGGAGGAGAAGAUAUAAAGUGAAAUAAACUUAUGGGUUUUGUGUAGUGUAGGAAGAAAAGAUAACAAGCUUCGUAGAAAAUACUAGGUCUAGCCCCUUUUUAGCUUUGUAGAGAGAUAAAUAAUGUUUUUGAAGUCUUUAUGGUGAAUUGACUUGCAUUUUGCCAUCAUUUUGUAUUUUAUGCCCUAUUAAUAACAGUAGUAGUACUAGCAGAAUAAUUAAAGCUCCUUGAAAAAGACAAUUUUAUUUGUUUGCAUUUUUUUUUUCUAUUGGUAUUUAUUGCCUUUGUUCUGCCAGAAUAUCUCAAAAGCACUUUUGCCCUUUGUGCUUUGGGCU